AUGCACGUGCACGGCCCGUCCGCUGAAUUGAUCCUCAUCACGACCAAAGAGAUAAUUGGGUCGCACGGAACAUCUGAGCUAAGCAUGAAGAAACAACGUACGAAAUGCUUUACUGGGUGUUGGACUUGCCGCUCGCGUCGGGUCAAGUGCGAUGAAGAGACCCCCUUGUGCCAACGCUGCCGCCAGAUGGGUAUUGCAUGCGAAGGAUAUGGCGUCCGCCUGAACUGGGUACAUUACAAUCCGCACGAUGCUACAGACUAUGACGACAGUCCCUCCAAGCCAGAGCCUAAGAUGUUCAGACGUGCCCUGACAUCUCUUGGUGUUUUUCCGUCUCUCCCAUGUUUACCUUCUCAAGAACUAGAUGCAACGUUGACUACAAUUGAAGGAUGGUGUCCUGGCGACUCUUCAAAAUUGGAAGAUGGAGCAUUUAGCGUAUUUCCGCUGUCACAUCUCUCUGAGACAGUCAAGAGUCCUGCUCAAAUAUCGCCACGUUCAUAUGAAGCCACAGCAACGCCAAACUUUCCUGGCGACUCAUAUGCGCUAUCCACCACCAGCCAGGAUGGAGACGAUGCAUAUGGUGCUGUAGACAAUUCUAUCAACGAGUCUUGUGGAAACUCAGUACCUGCCGCUCAGACUCUCCUAAGCCUUGGAGGACGUGACCGACAUUCGCCACCACGCCACCUAGAUGCAUUGUCCAUGCCAUCCAAGCAGAAACGGCUGAUCCACCACUGGAUCACCUUUACCAGCCGCAAGCUGGUCCUUAUCGAUGAGCCGCACAAUCCCUGCCGUACUAUGAUGUUGCCAAUGGCACUGAAAGGCCUGGUCUCUCAGUCAAAAGGUUCCAACGCAGAUGUCGCUAUAUUUCACGCCAUCUGCGCAGCCGCUGCUUACAACCUAUUUGAAUUGACUGAUCAGGCUAACGACCAGGACCGUGUCCUCGCUCUAUACCAUGAUAAUGAGGCUGUUCAUCACCUCCGGCACAAUCUGGCGCGAGCUGAUGAGCAUCGGGAUCAGUCUUUUGCCAUGGCUAUAAUGGCAUGCAUUGCUGUCGAGGCUGUCUCCGGCACAACCCAACGAUGGCGGACCCAUGUCUCCGGCGGGUUGGCUUAUCUGGCCAAGCUACAAUCUCAAGGCCUGGAUGAGGCCGCUUUAUCUGCUUUUCGUCAACACAUGGUCAAGAUGGCCAUCCUGUGCGACUUUUCCGUCCCCAAUCAUUUUAAAUCUUUUUUGUACGACGAAAGUGGCUCUUCGGACGGCCUCGAGUUCACUUUUCCAUAUUAUGGUGUCUCGAGAUCUUUUCUCCGAGCCCACGAUCACAUUAAUGCCUUACUGGCGAGUGAGUCGACAGUAAGAACCCCUGCACAAGAGCAGGAGUUGGACGCCUUUGAGCUGCAGAUCUACCUUGACUUCCCUGGCCUUCCGCCCUGUAGUCUUCUCUCAGCAGUGGCCAACAAAACACAUGGUGUCGUAGUCCAUCACACUUCAAAAGCGUUCUACUACGCAAACCUCGUCUAUCUCCAGCGAAGUGUUCGCUGUGCUCCGGUAACAGCGGUGCAAGAUCUUGUGGAUCUGGGUGUACAGGAACUAGAGUCCAUUGACCGCGUUGGUCAGGGUGCACUGGGCUGUUUGAUGCUGUGGCCUGUGCUCAUUCUCGGAGCUGAGUGCGAUGGACCAGAUGUGCAGAACCGUAUGCGAGAUUGGUUUCGAGCCCAGCGUAGGCUCGGUUUUCGGAAUCUGGCGGUCCUGGAAGACCUCGUCGCCACAGUGUGGGAGUCUCGAGCCAACCCUACUUCCAAUAAGAGCGAUGGAGAUUGGCGACAGGUCAUUGCACAAGCGCAAUUUGAUGUUUUUCGGCUUUGA